AUGUCCCUAUCCUUCCCAAGCAUGUUCUCCCUCCAAGGUCGCACGGCCGUCAUCACCGGCGCGACUCGAGGCAUCGGCGCCGCCAUGGCCAUUGGAUUGGCGGAGGCGGGAGCUGAUAUCAUUUUGAUUCAGCGCGACACCUCCAACAACACCACCCAAAAAGCAAUCCAAGCCCUCGGCCGCACCGCAACAAUCUACACCGCCGACUUGGCCUCGCAAACCGAAGUGUCCGGCCUCGCCUCCCGUGUCCUUGCUGACGGCCACGACGUUUCUAUCCUCGUGAAUUGCGCAGGCAUCCAACGCCGACAUCCAUCUCACGAAUUCCCCCUUUCGGACUGGGACGAAGUUCUCCAAGUUAACCUCACGACGGUGUUUACUUUGUGUCGUGAUUUUGGUGCUUAUAUGUUGACCCGGGGUGAAUCGCCGCAAGGCGGUUCACCGCAGGGUGGUUCGAACAAGGGUUCUAUAAUCAACAUCGCCAGCCUAGUCUCCUUCUCCGGCGGGUUGACCGUCCCCGCCUACGCAAGCGCCAAAGGCGGAGUUGCACAACUCACAAAAGCCCUCAGCAACGAAUGGUCCGGAAAGGGGAUCAACGUCAAUGCCAUUGCGCCCGGGUAUAUUCGGACGGAUAUGAAUGAAGCUCUUAUCAACAAUGAGACACGCUCGCGACAGAUUAUGGAGAGGAUCCCCAUGGGAAGAUGGGGGAAGCCGGAUGAUUUCAAGGGGCCGGUGAUCUGGUUGGCCAGUAGGGCUAGUGCUUAUGUUACGGGGGAGGUUGUUGUUGUUGAUGGGGGGUGGAUGGGGAGGUAG